ACGUUCGCUGCAUGUACGGUAAAGAGGUGUGUGCCACUGUCCACUAUAGAGUGCCCGCGCGCUAUACACAGUGCCCUGCAGUUCGCCGUGUCCAUUCGUGCUCGUUAUCUGCCGUUUGUUGUUUGCCUGCCUGCGUGAAAGAUCGGCACAGUGUUUUUGUCACGUUUUCGUUGUGCCGUGACACGACGACGCUAUCGCGACGUUGUUUCCCGCGGCUUCGGAUGCACACACGUGCACAUCCUGCACCGGCAAGGAUUACGUACGCAAGCACUCAGCCCCGCUUUGUUUCAGCAGUGUGUGCGUUUUGUGCGAUUUGUGUGCGCGUCGGGAUCAUAGUGCAGAGUGCAUUCCCUUCUUUUCCGUACCGGUUCGCCGCGUGCAGCAUGUCAGCAGGCGCUUGUAAAGCUCCAAAACCCUGAAUGUGUACGAUCAUUGUUCGCAAACAUAAUUAAGCAUCAACCCCACCAAGCAUAAGCAAGCGAAUCUGCGCGCGUGAUUCUUCGCGUGUGAUUUGUUACUUGUGCGAGCUGAAGUGAAGCCAGCUAAAGUGUAAAAUAAAUAACAAAACAGGUAGAACAAGUAGAGAAGAAAAAUAUAGUUGCAUUCGUGUAAGUGGAUAAGGAAGAAGCGCAGCAAAAGGAGGCUAUCCCAUCGCUGCUGAUCGUGCGUGCGUGCGUGCGGUUCCGUGUCAGGGUCGCUUACCCGUCGAGCUUACAUGAGAGUGAGCUUUUGGUGCGAGCCUGCUCGUGACCAAAGCUAGUGAAGGUGUUCGCGAGCCCCAAACGCCGCGUGAGGGCUGCGAAAGUAGUAGGCUCACCGCGAGUACCUGUGUAGUGCGCGUGCGUGCGUGCGUGCGCGUGUGUGUGUUUGUGUGCCGAUUCCGGCGGCAAAAUUCGAGCAAGGCUAAAGCGCGUUCACCAUUGCGCUAACUGGCAACAGGAUUAUAGAAAGGAGCUAAAGGGGAGGGAACAGUAAACUGAUCCCUCUCUUUGUUCUGCUUCUUCCUGGAGCCCUUGCCACUCCGUUCCUUGGCCCCCAUCCAGCGCGCAAGCGGGCGCUACAUUCCUCCCAUUUUUCUUGUGGCCCGCCGGUACAACAAAAUCAUUCACCGUGGAUACCUUAGCAUUGCCACUCGGUGGGCUCUCUCAUGUUAGGAUGGCUCUAGCCAGAUUGCCGGUAGUUAGUGACUGUCCGGCAGGUCAAACUGCUAGAGUUACAUCGAACCUGCACUCGUCCAGUAGCACCAUGGCAAACAGUAGGGUUCCUUCACCCCCGCUGCCGGAAGUCAACACACCGGUGGCGGAAAACUGGUGUUACACUCAGGUCAAAGUGGUCAAAUUCAGCUACAUGUGGACGAUCAACAAUUUCAGCUUCUGCCGGGAAGAGAUGGGCGAAGUGCUGAAAUCCUCCACAUUCUCCGCGGGUGCUAAUGAUAAGCUAAAAUGGUGCUUGCGCGUCAAUCCAAAAGGUCUGGACGAGGAAAGCAAAGACUAUCUCUCCCUCUACCUGCUGCUGGUGUCCUGCAAUAAGUCGGAAGUGCGGGCCAAGUUCAAAUUUUCCAUCCUCAACGCCAAACGCGAGGAGACGAAGGCGAUGGAGUCGCAACGGGCGUACCGGUUCGUGCAGGGCAAGGACUGGGGCUUCAAAAAGUUCAUCCGGCGAGAUUUCCUGCUAGACGAGGCGAACGGUCUGCUGCCGGAGGACAAACUAACGAUAUUCUGCGAGGUCAGCGUAGUGGCCGAUAGUGUGAACAUUUCCGGCCAAAGCAACAUCAUCCAAUUCAAAGUGCCAGAAUGCAAGCUGUCCGAGGACCUAGGGACACUGUUCGACAACGAAAAGUUCAGCGAUGUCACACUAGCGGUCGGUGGCCGAGAAUUCCAGGUGCACAAAGCAAUCCUUGCAGCACGCAGCCCCGUGUUUGCGGCAAUGUUCGAGCACGAGAUGGAGGAGCGAAAGCAGAACCGGGUCGCCAUCACCGACGUGGACCACGAAGUAUUAAAGGAGAUGCUGCGGUUUAUCUACACGGGGAAGGCACCGAACCUGGACAAGAUGGCGGACGAUCUGCUCGCGGCGGCGGACAAGUACGCGCUCGACAAGCUGAAGGUGAUGUGCGAGGAAGCGCUCUGUGUUAACCUGUCGGUCGAGACGGCGGCCGAAACGCUGAUCCUGGCCGAUCUGCACAGUGCGGACCAGCUGAAGGCGCAAACGAUAGACUUCAUCAACACCAGUCAUGCGACGGAUGUGGUGGAGACGGUCGGCUGGAAGAACAUGGUCGCGACCCAUCCGCACCUGCUGAACGAAGCGUACCGGGCGCUGGCCACGCAACAGAUACCACCGAUCGGGCCCCCGCGCAAACGGGUGAAGAUGAGCUGAAAUAAAA